AUGAUUGAAAAGUACAUUGAUAACAAGAAAGGAACAAGUAACGAUCCCGAAACAGUAUCGCAGGCUGAAGAUCCUAUUGACCGAUCCCAAGGAGGCCAUGCGUUUGGCGCUUAUUAUAACAUUGUCUGUGCUGUAUGUGGCACUGGUAUGCUAGGCUUAUCACAGGCAAUUGCACGUGGUGGAUGGGGUGCCAUUGCUUUGCUUCUACUAGCUUGGUGGAUGGUUUCUUAUGGAUCUGUUAUCCUUAUAAAAUGCUUGUAUCAUCCCCGGAAGCAAACGACCCGUAUCAACAGCUUCAAAGACAUUACAGAAGAUGCAUUCGGCAAGUUGGGUGGAUGGCUAUGCUUCUUCUUCAUCGCUUGGGUGCUCUUGGGAUCUCCUAUUCUUUAUCUGGUAUUAAUUGGACAAAAUAUGAACCAAGUAUGCCGUGGUACAGCUGGUGAGAUUGGCAGCAUCCCUUGGACUAUUAUCUGGUCGGUGAUCAUAGCUAUACCUUUUGUGUUGAUGAAGACCAUGAAGGAGGUGGCAUGGACAAGUUUGAUAGGCACGACAGCCUGUUUCGUAAGCGUCAUCAUGCUAAUUGUUAUGGUCGGUAUCGAUUCACCUACGCAUGCUGUGAAUGCUGUGCGGUCCAACAUUAUCUGGGAAGGUUUUCCUACUUCACUGGCGACGAUUGGUUUCAGUAUGGGUGGCAAUGUUAUCUAUCCCAAUGUCGAAGCAUCCAUGCGGCGACCUGAAUCAUGGGCCAAGACCGUUGUCAUAGCACUGACCACAUGCGCUAUGCUCUAUAUCGUCAUUGCUGUACCUGGUUACUACGUGUAUGGUCAAGAUGUAAGCAAUCCACUGUACAAUAGCAUUACCGAAGGUCCAGCCCAAACAGUGAUUAUUGUGUUGGUGACAAUCAACAUUCUUGUGAGUGUGCCCAUCUUUCUCACAUCAUUCGCCCUGGAUAUCGAAUCAAUGGCCAAUGUCACGGUUGCACGAUAUGGCAAGUACCGCGAAUUUGCAUUGAGAGCUGCUAUUCGUAUAUCAACUAUGGUCUUUUGUACGGUCGUUGCAUGUGCUGUACCAUACUUUGAUUAUCUCAUGAGCCUCUUUGGUGCUUUCGGUUCUUGCACCUCUAUUUUUAUCAUACCUGUGUUGUGUUAUUGGCGACUGACUGGAUUUAAAAACAAGUCUAUAUGGGAGAACGCAUGGUGUGCAUUUAUUCUGGUGUUUGGUUUUGUCGGUUUAAUAUUUGGAAGCUGGGGAGCUAUAACAGAUCUCAUCCAGGCCUUCCGCGAGGACUCUGCUGCUGCUACAACUGCUUCCUAG